AGGGAAAGCUUGAGGAUUACCGCCGGUGUACCACCGAGAUGACGGAGAUUAACGCUACUACACUGUUUAUCUGGCUAGAAAACCUUUCAUGUCCCGUCUCUGGGCCGGUAAGGGUACUGAAGUCCGACCAAGGAAUUCUACUGGAACAAGGACGCAAAACAAUCAGUGCUGUCUACCCUGAAGGCGCAUUGCGGAUAAUAGAAGUGUGUCUAGAGUUCCAGUUGGACUGUCAUCUCAGAUAUUGCCACUGCCCGGCCAACAAAGGCGCCUGUCUGGAAAUAUCAAUUCUAACUACACCUGAACUUGCCAAGAGCGUGCGAUCCAGAUUAGAUAAGGCGAUGGAGCUUCACAAGAACGCACGAUGGGUACCGACAGAUGAUGAGACUACUAGGGAGGUGACAGAUGCUGACGACUUUGAAGACUUGAAUAGUACCUGCGACGACUGUGGUUUCCAGAUUUUCGCCAGGCUGGACGACUUAGAUGAAACACACCGGAAUAUCAGAGAGACAUUGUAUAGACAGUGCAUCGCUUGUGGAGACAUAAAUGCCUUGUACAUGUGACUGGUGUACGUGACUACCCAGAAAGUCAUUUAGACAUGA